UCGCGUUAGUGGGCGCACACGGAACCGUGUUCGCUUGUCAUGCUUGGCUGUGUAAAUAAGAUCUUUUCGUGGUUGUUUAUGCCACUUUAUUUACAGACGAGUCAUUUAAAAGGCUACACGUGUCUUAAGCUGAUAACCUUCACAUUGUGUGGUUCCUAGUUUGGAGAUGCGGCCUGCCGCUGCGAUGGACUCUCCAUACCGCCGGUUUAAUUCGUACGACUUUGAAAGUGACGCUCGUUUUCAAGAUGGACUGAAGAAAGUGCCCAACAAAGAUUCUCUGGAGCUGAAAAUAUUCUAUUAUAACAGAUUCAUAGAGCCAGUAGAUUUAAUAGGUUUUCAGGAGUGGCGUGAUGGACAACAGGAUUUACAAACCGCCUCAAGCGGAGACACGACAGUUACUAUGGACACAAGUUGUGUUAAAGACAACUUGUGGCAAGGGAGCAACAGUUGUGGCUCUGAGGAGCGAACACAGUCAAAUAAGGAACUCGUGCCAGAACAGGGUGGUCCCCUAUCCUUCGCAGAAGUUUUCCGUAUGAUUCAAGCUGGAGAAGAGAUCCCUGGACUUCAGAAGCUGGACAUUAAACCAAGUAACCAACAGCCUACAGUUUCCCAAAUGUUGAGGAAACUGAAACCUUGGGAGAAGUAAUGUAUCUUGCAAAAUUACAAGUUAAACUAGUCUGUGAAGCCUCAAUGCCCAGAAGUGUUGCCCUGGAAGGUUUUAAACAGUAGAAAUGUUGCCCUGGAAGGUUUUAAACAGUAGCCAUCUACACUUUCUCUUUCUGAAUGUACAUACAACGGAAUAAAAGAGAGUAAAUCAUUUUUAAA